UCGGAGCGCGCCGGAAGCGCGGCUUACCUCGGCCCCCGUGGCCGCCUGCGAGGAUGGCUGGCUUUUCGGAGCUCGGGCUGUCUUCGUGGCUCGUGGAACAGUGUCGGCAGCUGGGUUUGAAGCAGCCCACGCCCGUGCAGCUCGGCUGCAUCCCCGCCAUCCUGGAGGGUCGGGACUGCUUGGGCUGCGCCAAGACGGGCAGCGGCAAGACGGCGGCCUUUGUCCUCCCCGUCUUGCAGAAGUUGUCCGAGGACCCCUACGGCAUCUUCUGCCUGGUCCUGACGCCCACCAGGGAGCUGGCCUACCAGAUCGCCGAGCAGUUCCGGGUGCUCGGGAAGCCUCUGGGCCUGAAGGACUGCAUCAUCGUGGGUGGCAUGGACAUGGUGGCCCAGGCGCUGGAGCUCUCCCGGAAGCCGCACGUGGUCAUCGCCACGCCGGGGCGCCUGGCUGACCACCUGCGCAGCUCCAACACCUUCAGCAUAAAGAAGAUCCGCUUCCUGGUGAUGGACGAGGCCGACCGGCUGCUGGAACAGGGCUGCACCGACUUCACCGCGGACCUGGAGACCAUCCUGGCGGCCGUGCCGGCGCGCAGGCAGACGCUGCUGUUCAGCGCCACGCUCACCGACACGCUCCGAGAGCUGCAGGGCCUGGCCACCAACCAGCCCUUCUUCUGGGAGGCGCAGGCGCCGGUGCGCACCGUGGAGCAGCUGGACCAGCGCUACCUGCUGGUGCCGGAGAGGGUCAAGGACGCGUACCUGGUGCACCUGGUGCAGGGCUUCCAGGACGAGCACGAGGACUGGGCCAUCGUCGUCUUCACCAACACGUGCAAGACCUGUCAGAUCCUGUGCAUGAUGCUGCGCAAGUUCAACUUCCCCGCGGUGGCCCUGCACUCCAUGAUGAAGCAGAAGGAGCGCUUUGCUGCCCUGGCCAAGUUCAAGUCCAGCAUCUACCGGAUCCUGAUCGCCACGGACGUGGCCUCGCGGGGCCUGGACAUCCCCGCUGUGCAGGUGGUCAUCAACCACAACACGCCCGGGCUGCCCAAGAUCUACAUCCACCGCGUCGGCCGGACGGCCCGCGCAGGGCGGCAGGGACAGGCCAUCACACUGGUGACGCAGUACGACAUCCACCUGGUGCACGCCAUCGAGGAGCAGAUCAAAAAGAAGCUGGAGGACUUCCCGGUGGAGGAGGCCAAGGUGCUACAGAUUCUCACGCAGGUCAACGUGGUGCGGCGGGAGUGUGAGAUUAAGCUGGACGCCGCCCACUUCGACGAGAAGAAGGAGAUCAACAAGCGGAAGCAGCUGAUCCUGGAGGGCAAGGACCCGGACCUGGAGGCCAAGCGCAAGGCCGAGCUGGCCAAGAUCCGGCAGAAGAACCGGCGCUUCCGGGAGAAGGUGGAGCGCACGCUGCAGCGGCGGAAGCGCAAGGCCCCGGCCUGAGCGCGGCGCCUGCCCGCACCCGCCCGCCCAGCGGGGCCCCGCCCAGCGCCCCUGCGCAGCCCCCUCGGCGGAAUCCCGGACACUCAGCCGCCGCAGGGGCCCGUGGGCCCCUUCUCAGAGCCUCGACGUGGGACCGAACGCCAGUCCCAGCCGCCCCGCCCAGAGGUGCCUGGUAUACAGGCGGUGCUCAAUAAAUGGGGCUUUUGAUUUA